AUGAAGACUUUGGCUCUUCUCUCUUUUGUGACUCUGUCUGUUGCGUCUGUCUUGUUCAACGGAGAUGCACAAGUCCCUCUGGGGGGCCUACCUCUCUCGUAUCCAGGUUUCGACCUGGAUUUGAACGAGUUGCGCUGGGUGCAGCUAGAAGGACACGAGCCAGUGUUGAUAACAGAGCUUGACAAGAUCAACUUGAAGGCUCAAGGAGUCCGGUUCUUCGACGUCACUGAGACUCCGGACCUUGGAUUUUCCGCUCAUCUGAGGCUCGCCAAUCAGCUUACUUUCUCUGAGCCUCAGUACGCGGAGAAGGUGAACCCCAUCUUGAAGACACUUUCCACCAAUCAUCUUGAGGAAACAUUGCGCAAGUUUAGCAGCUUCCGCACGCGUUACUACCGUAGUGAGACUGGAAGAGAGAGCCAGCAGUGGCUUUUGUCCAAAAUAUCUGAGAUCACGGCGGAUUAUGCACCUGGCUAUCUGCAGGAUCUGAUUUCUAUCAAGGAGUUUACACAUAGUUGGAUUCAGAAGUCAAUCAUUGUGAGGAUCAACGGCUCUUCUCCCACCGACGAUGGUGUGGUCAUCGUUGGCGCUCAUUUAGACAGUACAAAUAUGUGGCCCUUCCUACCUGCACCAGGCGCAGAUGACGACGGUUCUGGAUCGAUGAGCAUUCUCGAGGCCUACCGUGGUUUGCUUACGGCUAACUUCACUCCCACGCGCUCUGUCGAGUUCCAGUGGUACUCGGCGGAGGAAGGAGGACUUCUGGGAUCCCAAGCAAUUGCUCAAGAUUAUGAACGGCGAUCUGUCAACGUCACUGCAAUGAGCCACUAUGACAUGACAGCUUGGGUAAAGCGUGGCACCCGGGAAGAAGUCGGAAUUCUGACAGAUUUCACUACUCCAGCAUUGACGGAGUUCCAGAAGAAGCUGGUAGACACAUACCUUGACAUUCCGUAUGUCGAGACACAGUGUGGCUACGCAUGCAGCGACCAUGCUUCAUUCCUCAAAGCCGGAUAUCCUGUCGUGUGCAGCUUUGAGAGCGCGUUUGAGAACAGCAAUCAGAACAUUCACAGCACCAACGACCGCAUAGAUAUCUCUGACGAGUUCAGCUUCACCCACAUGCUAGAGUUCUCCAAGCUUGCAGUGGCGUUUGCGGUUGAGCAGGGUGGGUGGUCGGAGUAG